AUGUCCAAGAAGUUGACCGACGAAGAGCUUCUCGCUCAGUUUGAAGACAUCCCUUCGGCCGACAGUACCACACCCUCGUCAGCUAAAGCAGCUUCUGGAGCCGUCGACGAUGACGAUCCGCUAGCAGAGCUCAGCGCCCUGGCAGCUGCUCGCCCUGUAUCCCGUCCACAGACCCCUCGUCUCUCCACCGCCUCCACAGCCUCAGGAACAAAGUCCAAGCCCGAACACACCCCUCAAAGCUCCGGCCCGCCCAGCGGACGCACCAGCGAAGACCGCUCAAAGACACGCAAGAGCACCGAGAGCGCUCGUAGCUACCACCAGAGUCAGACGCCUAACGAUCAACUUCAGCAGCAAGGAGAAAAGGAGCAAGAGCAGAAGGCACAAAGUGGCGGCAGUGGUUGGGGCUUUGGUGGAUGGGGAGCCAGCGUCUUCAGCGCCGCCAGUGCUGCCGUCAAGCAGGCAGAGGCCGCCGUCAAGGAGGUGCGCGGCAACCCUGAAGUCCUCAAGUAUGCUGAGCAGCUGCGUCACAAUGUAAAUGUCGAGAGCUUGAAGGCCUAUGGCGGCAACGUGCGCAACAUGGCUUUGCCUACCUUUACUUCUCUACUCGAGACCAUCGCUCCGCCCAUUGCACAGCACGAGCGCCUGAUCAUCCACACCACACACGAUCUACAAGCAUACCCCUCUCUCGACCCAAUCAUCUACGAAGUUUUCUCGCGCGUCAUGCAGCAAGUCGAAGGCGGCGACCUGCUUGUCAUUCAGCGUGGCUCAGAAUCUCGCCAGCGCGGCCGCAGCUCCUCCGAACUGGCCUACCGCGGAAACAUCCUUGGGACAGGAAGCGGCGCGUGGACCGACGGCCCUUGGUGGCGCGAACACGCUACACAGCGCAGUCUGGGCGCAGUCAAAGGCAUGACUGAGGGUACCAAGCUCUGCCGCGCCAACGCCGAAGCCUAUGCAACUGACUUCUUCUCCUCGCGCGGCGGCGUCGAAGAAGCCGCAAAGCAAGCUACACAAACACUUUCAGAGUCCAGCCCCGUCCGCAGCUCCGACAUCUUCCUCGCCAUCCAGCCUGUCACACAGUCCGCUGCUAAGGAGCUCUUUGCAGCAGGCCCCAAGCCCGACGAACCAAAGAGCGAUGUCGUCGAGCCCGACGCCGACGAAGAAACCACCCUCUUCGCCAUCCAUCUCCACGAUCCCAUCCACUCUCUCUCCUUCUCCUCGCUGUCCCAAUCGUUCCCUGCACAAUGGGCACAAUGGCUCGACGCCUCAUCGCCCAACCCCGAGGACCCCGAUACCCUCCCCGACAACAUCCGCGACAUUGUCGAAUCCGGCGGCAUCGACCCUCGCGAAUGGGUCUCGGAGUGGAUACAAGACACAUUGAAUCUAGCUAUCGGUGUCGUAGCUCAAAGAUAUGUGGCCAAGAGAAUGGGUGUUGGUGAGGGUGGUAUCGGAAAGGGCAAGCAGAGACAAAGAGCAGAGGAAACAGACGCUGCUGGUGAAGCUGCCAGGGCCAUCUAA